AUGUCGCUAAUCGUGUUCGUUCUUGGCACAUUCGUCGUUGAUCAUUACAAGACGAUUGUAAUCCCACAUGAUUUGUAUUUCCCUCCAUUCACCGCGAUCACACAAACUCAGACUACUUCUAUCCACUCGUGUCAUGAACCGUCAAGAUCUUCAUCUACUUCUUCAGCAACUCAUCAAAUUGUCGAAUUUACUGAUUCGACUGGUGUUGUGGAUCUUUGGCACUCGAUGAGCGACAGUGACCUCAUGGAAAAAGCCGCAAGGGUCCCACGUGUCGCGAACGAUCCAUGGAAAGUAGCCUUCAUGUUCUUGAUAAGGGGAAGUUUACCCUUGGGUCCAUUUUGGGAAAGGUUCUUUAAAGGGUAUGAAGGUCUUUUCUCAAUUUAUCUUCAUACGUCUCCGGAUUUUAACUAUGAACCUCCAAAUUCAUCGGUGUUUUAUAAACGACGAAUUCCAAGCAAGCAUGUCCAGUGGGGGAAAUCAACUAUGAUUGAUGCUGAGAGACGACUACUAGCAAAUGCACUACUCGACUUCUCCAAUCAAAGAUUCAUAUUACUAUCUGAAACUUGCAUUCCUUUGUUCAAUUUCACGACCAUCUAUAACUACCUUAUUAACGCCAACCAAAGUUUCCUUAGUUCCUUUGACGAUCCAAGGAAGAUCGGUCGUGGGAGAUACAACAAGCGAAUGGGUCCCACAAUAACGCUACAAGAUUGGCGUAAAGGCUCACAAUGGUUCGAAAGCAAUAGAGAACUCGCAAUUGAAAUAAUCUCGGAUAAGUUGUAUUAUCAUGUGUUUCAAAACCAUUGUUCUCCACCUUGUUAUAUGGAUGAACAUUACCUACCUACGCUUGUGAACAAGGUUCGUCCGGACUUGACCACCAAUAGGACCGUUACAUGGACCGACUGGUCUGGUGGUGGGUCCCACCCGGCAACCUUCAGAAAAAUAAACAUUACAGCAGCGUUUCUAAAUCGAGUUAGAUAUGAGUCCAAUUGUACGUAUAAUGGUCGUAAUAGCUCGAUUUGCUUUUUAUUUGCUAGGAAGUUUCAUCCGAGCACUUUAGAGUCAUUGUUGAAGAUAGCUCCAAAGUUGUUCGAGUUUAGUGGGUAA